UAGAAUCUGGUUUGGGAUGUGACUGAAGACUGCCGAACUUUUUGUCAAUGCAUUUGAUUUUUAUGCUUGGUUGAUUUUAUAUACUGAUAUAGGAUAGGAUUUGGAUUUUGAAUCUAAGCUGAUGAAUUGGGCUGUUGCAUUAACUGACCAGUGAGUUGCCUUUCUUUACUUUUUAUCAUGUUGCAAAUUUUAUCAUUGUGAGCAAAUUGGUAUUAAAUAAAUUGGAUAAAUUCUAGAAGUGGUCGUUGUCCUUUUCAUUUCAGUGGAUAAAUUAAAUGCUGGUAUAAUUAAGAACCUCACAUUCCGGUGUGACAUAGAUUUUCAUUGUACUUAAUAAAACCUUUUUUUUUUUUUACAUUUACAAUACUAUUAUAAUCAGGGACUAAAAUUGAAAUGUUUUUUUCUGGGCAAAAACAGCAUUUUUUCUAAUGAUUCAGAAGUCCUCCAGCCUCUCCAAAAGGUUACUGGUUAGAACAAAAUAGAUGAACGGUUAAUAAUGCUCUUUUUAAAGUGACAGUACUCUGCGCUUAGGGGUAGGUGAAAUAUGAAUUGCUUUGUUGCCAGAUCUUGAAAGGAAAAACAAAGCAUGAUUGGCAUGUGGCAUAGAAAUCAUAACCUGCAGUUAAUUAAAGGGAUAGUUCACCCAAAAAUAAAAAUUCUCUCAUCAUUGACUCACCCUCAUGCCAUCCCAGAUGUGGAGCGAUCAUCCCUAUGUCCUACUCACUACGAAAGACAGAGUUCUUGAUGUGGGCACUCUGAAGGGAACAUGGCAGUAAAGUUUAAAUGUAGCCUUCACUAAAAGUCUUCUGAAAGGGACCUUUAUUAUAUAAAAUACUAAAAUACGACCGUGAAUGAUGUCCAUAGUCCAUCAUAUAAUGCAGUAUUACAUACAUACAAUACAUACAGUAUGUGGUCCAGUCUUUACUGUACUAUGUCCAGCCCUGAAAUGAAAUCCAAUCAGUUACAUUUUGUGGAUUUUUUAUUUUAUUUUUUUGUGGAUUAAGGCUGUUUUCUCUUGAUCAUGUAUUUGCAUUAUUUGACUUUUAGGUUUGACAUUUGUUCUGAUGAUCUUCGAUAGAGCAACUUCAAGGGAAGCAGAAAUAGAGAACUGAAAAUAAUGGUCUAUAUAUUCUUUUUAGAAGGUGGGGGCUAAAAUGAACAUGCCUCCUGCUGAAAUUAUUUCUCAAUGGUGUAUGCGUAUGUAGACAUCAGUUUUUGUCUUCGGAUAUUCAUUUGGCACACCAGUUACUUUCCUGCUGAAAAAUAAGGUAGGCUUUUUUCUGUUCAUAUGAUUAUUACUGUCAUCAACAGAACAAAAAUAAACAUAUUUAAAAGCAACACAAAAGAAACAAUAUUUGUCAUAAACUAAAUCAAAUUUUUAUUUACAUUCUUAUUUAUUUAGGAUAAGACCAUAAAAUGAAUCUACAAAUCAUCUAGUAGGCUCUACAAGUAACGUCAACUACUUGAAUUUACCUGUUACUGCCAAACAUUUGCAUUGAUUUUGAUCAAAGAACAUGUUUAUUACAGCAAACAAGAUCUUUAUUAUAUAUAUACGAUAAGAAAAAUGAAAUUAGCUUGCAAAAAUUUUUAUUUAUCUUGUCUAAUGUCAUUUCUGAUUGUUUUAACUGAUUGACCUUUUCUGCACCCCUAGAAUCUUUCCAUUCCAGCAUGGGUGUGCGGGUAGUGGUUCUGCUGUACUGGCUUCAUGUUAUUUUUGCUCCAGUGCUUUCUGAUGUGUGGAAAGCAGAAUUAGAGCCUAACAUGGAUGCUCUCGUGUCAUCUUGUGUUGUGUUGCCCUGUUCUUUCAAAUACCCUGGAAAAGAACAACCAUCCUCGCGGAUGAGGGCCAUUUGGCACAAAGAAAAAAUAAAUGAAGAGUACAUCUAUAGUGAGGAUAAUUUGAAAAUUAUGGACAGUUUCAAGGGUCGCACAAGAAUGGUUGGUCGACUGGGGGAUUACAACUGCUCUUUGGAGAUCGAUGAUGUUAAAAAUCAUGACAACGGUCCAUUUUGCUUUAGGGUUGAGUUAGAGAGAGCUGAAAAAGACAAAUAUUCAUUUAUUGAGAGUUGUGUUUCAGUUAAUUUGAAUGAAAAUCAAGAUAAAAUAAAACCAGAGCUGCAAUUUAGGCAGUCUGUGGAGGAGGGUGUUCCAGUAGUCUUCAAAUGCUCCGUCAUGCACACCUGUCCUUCCCAUCAUCCCACUCUCACCUGGAGCCGCCCUGAAAAAGAUAUCCUGCUAAGCUACAAGGACAUUCGUCAUGGAAACUGGGAAGUGGAGUCUCUACUGACCAUCACACCCAAAAAAGAGGAUGAUCACAAAGAUAUUACAUGCACGGUCAAAUACCACGGAGGCCUGGAAGCCUCAAGUACAGUCAGUAUUUAUGUGAGAGAACAAGCAACUUUAAGUCACAUCCUCAUUCCAACCAUCACUGGGCUUGUAGUUUCGGCUUUGUUUGGAGGGCUGUGUUUCUUCAUGGUCAAGAAAUACAAAAAACGUAUUCAAGAACUCCAGUCCAACAAUGACAAUGGAAUGUGGAAUCGACUAUCAAGAAUGUCUCGCAGAUUUCGGCCAGGUGAAAACAGGAAUCAACAAGGUGGCAGAGACCAGAGGAGGUCUAUUUGGAGUCGAUUUUCAAAGAGAGGUCAAGGGCAUCAAAUUGACAGUAAUAUUGACAACGGGAAAAACAAUGUUUGUACAGUGUCAGGAGGCAAGCCUCGUAUGCCAUCACCAAAGAGUCAGACAAAAACCUACUCUGGUUAUGAUUAUGAGGAUGAUUACACCAACACAGCUGAACUCAACAUAUAUGGAAAUGCCUGAUAGAAAACAUCGCAUGUCGUUGAAGCCAUUGUCUAGCAGUCAAUAUUUGUGCUUUGAUGCAUGGCACUCAUGUGGGUAGUCAAGUUUGCGCCAUUCCCUAAGCUUCAUGAACAGGGCCCAGAACUGUAAAGGUUCAUUGUAAAAUUGUGCUUUAUUUUCAUAAAAAUAAAUAUAAAGUUUGCUUUUGAGUCUGUUUUCUUUUUGUAUAGACAAUUGUAAGUCUGUGCUGUGAGUCUUAACUUCACUCUGCCAUAUUAUUGACUCUUGAAGAGGGGCCCAGAUAUGAAAGCCAACAUGCAAAAAAAAAAAAAAAAACUGUUGCCAAGUCCUCAUACCCCAUACAUUCCAGCAGCACAUGCUGAAGAGAUUCAGAGUGACCCCAGUGUGCACAUCUACCAGUUGGGUGGAAGUGUCUGAUUAAGUCCAGGAUAUCCUAUCCUGAGACAGGUAAUGACUGCCUCUUCCUUUCGGUUCCUACCAAGCCUCCUUCCCAAACCAACAUUAUUCUGGAUAUUAUAUAAAUGUCUGCCUGUAUUGUUUAUGACCCAGUAUUAUUGUCAUAUUUUCCCCAAUUGAGUCUUUAUGAUUAAUUUUGCCCUCAGCUUUACUCAGCAGAGCUUUCAUGUUCACUGUUUGCAAUUAGAGUGAUUGCUUGGCUAGUUUGUCAACAACAUAAUUUUCUUCUGCUCCUACAUGAGCAGGAACCCAAGCAAAGCAAACUGUCAGACCCUUAUUGUGUAUGUUAAAUGAUGAAUUUAAAAUAGAAGAUCUUGUAUGCAUGAUUUCAUAGAUCUAAUGCUUGUGAGUGCUGCCCAAGUAUCAGAUGCAAUUAGAGCAUUAUUAAUGUUGUUUUCUUCUAACCAGUGCAAAGCUAUUAAAAUAUCUACA